AUGUCUGAACAACAAGGUAUUGAAAAAUUGAGAACUCUUAUCAAGGAUAUUCAAUUUUGCAUGUUAUCAACAUGUACCAAAGAUAAUAUGGGUCAUAAUUACAUUCACUCUCGUCCAAUGAAUGCUAUCAUUAGAGAGGAUGAUUUCAAGAGACAACGUUUGUACUUUUUCAGUGGUAAAGACUCUUGGAAGUGUAAGGAAAUCAAUACUGACCAUCAAGUCAAUUUGAGUUUCUCUGAUCCAAGCAAUCAUACCUAUGUUUCAUUGAGUUGUAAUUGCAAAUCAGAUGAAACCAAUAAGGAGCUUAUGAGAGAGUUAUGGAAUCAAUAUUGUGAGAUUUACUUCCCAAAGGGAUUGAACGAUCCUAAUUUAACUCUUCUAGUUUGUGAUAUUCAUCAUGCAGAAUAUUGGGACGUCAAACAAGGAUCAAUGAUGGCUCUCAUCACUUCAUAUAUUAAGGCAGGAUUAGGUAUCAAAGAACCUAUUGCUGAAGAGCAUAAUAGAGUUACCAUUACGGAUACUUCCAUUGCACAAUAA